AUGUGGAGCACACCUCUGUGGGCCACCCCUCUUGCGGGCCUCCCGCCGGAGGGACUCAGGCCGGCGCUGCGAGAUCCGAUCGGGAGCGACUCGGUCCCCAGGGAGGCGGGGUGGGUGGUGUGGUGGGCUUCCUGGAGGAGGUGGCGCUGCGCUGGGGCCUUGCUGAACGCACGAGACAACCGGACCAACUGCCCCCGCCCCUGCCAGGGCCUGGGCGCGCCCCCGCUCUACGGAUCCCCUCUGCCCACGCUCAACAAGACCCCCCUGGACCGCGUGGAGCCAGACCCGACCUUCUUCGCCUUGCCGAUGCCCAGACACUGUGGGCCGUUGGGUCCCUGCCCUCCCGGCUGGGCCUGGAGACCCCCAGCACACGGAACUCACCCCCAACCCCUCCGCCAAGGCGCCACCAGGGGACCGCGCGGUCCCCCACCUGCUUGCUCGCCUUCGCGAUGCUGGCUUAGACCCGGCGGCGCUCUGUCCUCGGAGGUCGGCUGA